CUACCACUAUGUUAGAUAAUACAGAAAGUAAAAAUGAUUCAGUGCUUUCCAGUGAGCAGCAAGAGAGUCAACAUGAUCAGAUUGGAACUGUGCCUCCAGAGUCGACACUGAAAUCCUCCCUGAAGAUAAAGAAGAAAGUAAUAACUGAGGAGUAUAAGCUUGCAGGACAAGUGCUCGGGAUAGGCAUUAAUGGCAAGGUCUGGGAAAUAUUCCAGAAGAAAAACGGCAAACACUAUGCCUUAAAGAUGUUGCGGGACACCCCUAAGGCUCGACGGGAAGUGGAACUUCACUGCAGGGCAUCAAGCUGCCCACGUAUCGUAGAAAUUGAAGAUGUCUUUGAGAAUUACUACCAAGGCAAAAAGUGUUUGCUUCUCAUCAUGGAGUGUAUGGAAGGGGGAGAACUCUUUCGCCGCAUUCAGGAACGUGGUGAUCAAGCUUUCACUGAAAGAGAAGCCUCGGAAAUAAUGAGAAGCAUAGGAGAAGCUGUCGAGUUUCUGCAUGGUAUUAACAUUGCUCACAGAGACCUCAAGCCAGAGAAUUUACUAUACACAUCAAAACAGCAGGACGCCCAGCUCAAGCUUACAGACUUUGGAUUCGCCAAAGAGACCACAUCCAACAACUGCUUGACCACCCCAUGCUAUACACCGUAUUAUGUGGCCCCAGAGGUGCUUGGUCCAGAGAAAUAUGAUAAGUCAUGUGACAUGUGGUCAUUAGGAGUCAUCAUGUACAUCCUGUUGUGUGGAUAUCCACCAUUCUACUCAAACCAUGGCUUACAACUCUCACCAGGAAUGAGAAAACGGAUACGGAAUGGCCAGUAUGAAUUUCCAAAUCCUGAAUGGUCACAGGUGUCAGAGGAAGCAAAGCAGCUCAUUUGCCAACUGCUGAAAACAGAUCCUACAGAGAGAAUGACCAUCGCAGAAUUCAUGAACCAUUCUUGGAUCAAUAAGUCAAUGACGGUUCCUCCGACACAUCUGCACACGAGUCGAGUCCUUAUAGAAGAGAGUGAUGUCUGGGAUAAAGUCAAGGAAGAGAUGUCUAACGCCUUAGCAACAAUGAGAGUGGACUACGAACAAAUAAAGAUCAAAGCGAUCGAGGACUCGUCCAAUCCUCUUCUUUUAAAGAGAAGAAAGAAAAUGGCGGCUGCAAUGAAAGAAGCACCAGGACUGUGACAAACAAAUGCAUCUGUAGGUCAAUAAUUGUCAAAAAAAUGUUCUCUUUCAUGCCAUUUAUUCUCCAUUUAUCAUUCAGUGUUUGCAGUUAUAGCCUGAAUAAUGUCUGGAAGGAUGUUUGAGGUGUUCCAAUAGUUUUAUGAUUUUAUAUGUGUUUGAAGUUUUGGUUCUUAAAACAGUUUUAAGGCCUAUUGUGCACACAUAUACACUGUUUCAAAGUUUGGGAUCUGUAAAAGGUUUAAAUGUUUUUGAAAGAAGUCUCUUAUGCUCACCAAGGCUUAAUUUAUUUAAUCAAAAAUACAGUUAAAAUGUGUGAAAUAUUAUUGUCACGUGUAUGUUGUUUUAUUUUAGUUCUAGUUCCUGUACCUGUUUCCUUUGUUCUCAUUAAUACAUUUUUUCAGGAUUCUUUGAUGAAUAGUAAGUUCAAAAGAACAGCAUUUAUUUAAAAUAGAAAUCAAUUAUUUGUUUGAAUAUUGUUUGACAAUAGUAUCCAGUUUAUUAUUCACUUUUUUAGCCAAGCAUUAAUGCUUGUUUUGUAAUGCUUGCUGUGUUUGAUACUGCAGGCGUGUGCAUUAUGUUAGCAUCCUGUUAAAAAGUGAACUGAUUAAAAACUAAUAAACAGCAGCCUAAACCAUUACAUCAUAAUGUUAUAU